AUGUAUAGCUGUGCUUCUCUUGCUUUGUUGUCAGAUGACACAAGUGUAAAAUGUAUAGCUAAUCAAAUUGUUGUUCCAAGAACAAGUGCGAAAAUUUGGAAAAAGCGUAAGCUUUAUCCGGUUAUAGUCAGAGUUUUGAAGUCUUUGAAUUGGAUGGUUGCAAGAAAAAUUAGGUUCUCGAAGAUAUAUGGAUUAUCUCAUUCAACAAAUUCGAUGCUUGAAAAUGCAGUUGAUGUGUUUCUGCAGGCUAAGAAUAUUGGGUUAAACCAGAGCAAAAGAGUGGAAUAUCUUGUAAGUUUAUUUGAGGAAAUAAAGAAGUCUGGACCAUUGCCUAAUGUACGCUCCUAUACCAUUAUGAUGAACUUUUACUGCAAAGGACAUUAUGCAGUAGAUAUUGGACAAGCCGCUGGAAUUCUGGAAGAAAUGGAGAGUGGGGAAAGCCCAACUGUUGUAACAUACAGCACAUACAUUCAUGGGCUUCGUAGAAUUGGAUUUGUUGAAUUUGCUUUGAACCUCAUUCGAAAAUUGAGGCAAAAAUAUCAGCCUGUUAAUAGUUACUGUUAUAAUGCGGUUAUUGAUGGAUUUUGCAAAAGAGGCGAAGAGGAUGAAUCUUGA